AUGCGUUCCAAGUUCAAGGACGAACACCCUUUCGAGAAGCGCAAGGCUGAGGCCGAGCGUAUUCGCCAGAAGUAUGCUGAUCGUAUUCCGGUGAUCUGCGAGAAGGUCGAGAAGUCAGAUAUCGCUACCAUCGACAAGAAGAAGUACCUGGUACCUGCAGAUCUCACGGUCGGACAGUUCAUGUACGUUAUCCGUAAGCGGAUCAAGCUGUCCCCCGAGAAAGCCAUCUUCAUCUUCGUCGACGAAGUGCUGCCGCCCACGGCUGCUUUGAUGAGUAGUAUCUACGAAGAGCACAAAGAUGAGGACGGUUUCUUGUACAUCACAUACUCCGGCGAGAACACAUUCGGCGACUGCUAA